GCGGCGGCGGCGGCGGCGCUGCGAGCCCGCGGCCAAGGGAGCCUGCGCGCGGAACAUGGCUGAGAAGCAGAAGCACGACGGGCGGGUGAAGAUCGGACACUACGUGCUGGGGGACACCCUGGGCGUCGGCACCUUCGGCAAAGUCAAGAUUGGAGAACAUCAAUUGACAGGCCAUAAAGUGGCAGUUAAGAUCUUAAAUAGACAGAAGAUUCGCAGUUUAGAUGUUGUUGGAAAAAUAAAGCGAGAAAUCCAAAAUCUUAAACUCUUUCGUCACCCUCAUAUUAUCAAACUAUACCAGGUGAUCAGCACCCCAACUGACUUUUUUAUGGUGAUGGAGUAUGUGUCUGGAGGUGAAUUAUUCGACUACAUCUGUAAACACGGGCGGGUUGAAGAGAUGGAAGCCCGGAGGCUCUUCCAGCAGAUCCUGUCUGCUGUGGAUUACUGUCACAGGCAUAUGGUUGUCCACAGAGACCUGAAGCCAGAGAAUGUGCUUCUGGAUGCCCAGAUGAACGCCAAAAUAGCCGACUUUGGACUGUCUAAUAUGAUGUCAGACGGUGAAUUUCUACGAACUAGCUGUGGAUCGCCGAAUUACGCGGCACCUGAAGUCAUCUCAGGAAGGCUGUACGCGGGCCCCGAGGUUGACAUCUGGAGCUGUGGCGUUAUCCUCUAUGCUCUUCUCUGUGGUACCCUCCCCUUUGAUGAUGAGCACGUGCCUACCCUCUUUAAGAAGAUCCGAGGCGGUGUGUUUUAUAUCCCGGAGUACCUCAACCGCUCUGUCGCCACCCUGCUGAUGCACAUGCUGCAGGUGGACCCCUUGAAGCGAGCAACUAUCAAAGACAUCCGAGAGCACGAAUGGUUUAAGCAGGAUUUGCCCAGCUACCUGUUUCCUGAAGACCCCUCCUAUGAUGCCAACGUCAUUGAUGACGAGGCUGUGAGAGAAGUAUGUGACAAAUUUGAGUGCACAGAAUCAGAGGUAAUGAACAGCUUGUACAGCGGUGACCCUCAAGACCAGCUUGCGGUGGCUUAUCAUCUGAUCAUCGACAACCGGAGAAUCAUGAACCAAGCCAGUGAGUUCUACCUCGCCUCGAGCCCUCCGACGGGCUCCUUUAUGGAUGAUAGUGCCAUGCAUAUUCCCCCGGGCCUGAAACCACACCCCGAGAGGAUGCCGCCUCUUAUAGCAGACAGCCCCAAAGCACGGUGUCCGCUGGAUGCGCUGAACACCACUAAGCCCAAAUCUUUAGCUGUGAAGAAAGCCAAGUGGCAUCUUGGGAUCCGAAGCCAGAGCAAACCGUAUGACAUUAUGGCUGAAGUGUACCGAGCUAUGAAACAGCUGGACUUUGAAUGGAAGGUAGUGAAUGCAUACCAUCUUCGAGUAAGAAGAAAGAAUCCGGUCACUGGCAAUUAUGUGAAAAUGAGCUUACAGCUUUAUUUGGUUGACAGUCGGAGCUAUCUCUUAGACUUUAAAAGCAUCGAUGAUGAGGUGGUGGAACAGAGGUCUGGUUCUUCAACACCUCAGCGAUCCUGCUCUGCUGCUGGCCUGCACAGACCAAGGUCAAGUUUUGAUUCUACCACAGCCGAGAACCAUUCACUUUCGGGUUCUCUCACCGGCUCUUUGACUGGAAGCUCUUUAUCUUCAGCUCCUCCCCGCCUGGGCAGUCACACCAUGGAUUUUUUUGAAAUGUGUGCCAGUCUGAUCACUACGUUGGCUCGUUGAUAAUCUCCCACUGGUUUCUGUCUUUCCGUUACUGCACUGUGAAAAUCACAUGUAUACUCUUUAAAUUAUUGUCUCACUUUUGGGUAUUACAUACUCUGCAAUAUAAAUUGAUGUGAAUCUUCCUGGGUGACAUGCGGUGUUAUUGGGAUUACUGAAAACACAAAAGUCUGGCAUUUUGUUUACUUUUAGAACUCUAUUAAUUCUAUUGUGCCUAUGAUAAAUUUGAAUAGGUAGUAUGUUUAAUGGAUAAGUGUUGAUGAAGUGUGUUAAUUUACACUUGUGAGUUUACUACACAGGACAAGCACACCUCACUGAUAACCAGCUAAUGUAGGGGCGGUUUGGUGGUGCCUCCUUGCUUCAUAUUUAGUGCAUGUAAAUCCAGUCUGCCUCCUAGAUCUCAGCAGGUGUCAGGCUUUCUAGAAACUUCUUGCACGAGAAGAUUAAGAAAUAGAAUAACUGUUAGUAAAAUAUUAUUUAAAUGAAGAAAUCUGAAAAUCCUGUCUCCCUAAAUAUCAGAAACCAAA